CUUCAAAAGCAAACCCUAGUGCCCAUCCUUCACUUUCUUCUGCCUCAGAGCGAAAAAACCAGGAGCUGAAAAACGGAAAAAAAGCUCAGAGGAGUACUCCAAAGACCCUAACAAUGGCUCUGGUGGCGAAUGAGGAAUUCCAGCACAUUCUGCGUAUCCAGAACACCAACGUGGAUGGGAAGCAAAAGGUGAUGUUCGCUCUCACCGCGAUCAAAGGUAUCGGUCGCCGUUUCGCUAACAUCAUCUGCAAAAAGGCCGAUGUCGACAUGAACAAAAGAGCUGGUGAGCUUUCUGCUGCUGAAAUAGAUAACUUGAUGACCAUUGUGGCCAACCCUCGCCAGUUCAAGAUCCCAGACUGGUUCCUUAACAGGCAAAAGGAUUACAAGGAUGGAAAGUACUCUCAGGUUGUCUCCAAUGCUCUGGACAUGAAGCUGAGGGAUGACCUUGAGCGCCUGAAGAAGAUCAGGAACCACCGUGGUCUCCGACAUUACUGGGGUCUCCGGGUGCGUGGACAGCAUACCAAGACCACAGGAAGAAGGGGCAAGACUGUUGGUGUCUCCAAGAAGCGUUGAACAUGGAUAUUUUAUUUUAGGACCUUGCAGUCGAGUUAUGAUAAUUUUUUUUUUUUACUUCGUGUUCUUAAACUUUACUAUGUGUUUCCAUAGAGUAACAAAUUAUCGAACUUAGAAAAUUUUGUGGCUCAAGAAUUCUUGCUUGUGAAAGAUAAUGCAAUCGAUGUUUGAGAAGUUGGUGAAUCUAUGCAGGGUGCCUCGUUUGGGCGUUGAUAACUA